UGUGUGGACAUUGUAUUCUACAAGAUUUAUCAUUACAAAAACUAGUGGCAAGACUGAAACAGACCGGGAAAGCAAGGUUUGUAUUUGCCAAGGAACAAAAUGAUGUUCUUGAGCAUCUAGAGAUUAUUAAGUGAUCAGGUUAACACCAACACAUUUCGCUUCCAAAAUUUCACUUUUCUAAAGAAAGACAAGUGAGUGAGAAUAUUAAACUCGUUUCAUCUGCCAGUUGUGAUUACAACAAUGGAGUCAACUUUGCCAAUGACAUCAAUGGAGGGUCUGAAUACUGACCAGUUCGAUUCUAACGAUUCCUACGUCCAAGAUGGACUAUACGAAUACAGCAUCGUCUUUGAAGGGGACCUCUGUCUGUCCAAGGGACCCAAAUUCAUGCGGGAUGCCGCCAUUCUGGGCAUUUUCUUUCUGGUUGGUUUCCUAGGAAACUGUUGUCUAAUGAUGGUGAUCCUAAGCAGCCCGCGUCUACGUACAUCAGCAAAUAUACUUCUGACAAACCUUGCGAUGGGUGAUCUACUCUACGUAAUGGUAUCUGGACCUUUCUUUCUGGAGCAUGAGCUGCAUUCCUGUUGGCAGUACGGACUGGCUGGGUGUAAACUGGUUAAUUUCACACAAGUGAUGGUGCAAGGGGUCUGUGUAUACACCUUGACUGCCCUUAGUAUUGAGCGUUACUCGGUGUUGGUUCGUGGAGGCACCAUCAGACACGGUGGUCGUAUGCGACGAGGCAUCCUCGCUGCCUUCGCCGUUUGGUUUAUCGCAGCAGUAGUGGCGUCACCCAUCUUAGCCUACGCUCACAUCUCCGGUGGAGAUGCACCCGUAUGCCAGUACACACAGCUCUUCAGCCGAGCGGCAAAAAUCUACGAAGUCGCAAGAUCACUGGUAAUGUACCUCUUACCGCUAGCUAUCAUCACCUUUCUCUACACAGUUAUUGCACAGACUCUCUUGAAAAGUGCAGGAGCGUUUGCAGGUGAGACGCAGCCCGGAGCGAGGCACUUCUCGGCCCGCAGACGACUCGCCCUGACUGUCCUCAUCUUAGCUUUGUUCUUUGGAAUCUUCUGGCUCCCUUACUACAUCUACAUCGUCUGGUUCCAACUCGAUCACUCCUCGCUCGUCCAUAUGGCCGGCGUCGCUGAGUUUCGGAAUCUCUACUACUUCUCGGCUCUAGCCAACUCUUGCCUCAACCCCAUUAUAAUCUUUGCCAUGAGCACGAGCCAUCGGAGGGCCUUGAUGAUUUGUGUUAGGUGUAGGAAAGCAGAAACCACCAUCACCAGUGUGGCUCACACGCGAUCGGCCAACGGGAUUCCAGGAGAGAAGGUCAAGCAGCCUAUCGACAGCAGGUCGGGAUCCCGUAAUACCAGGUGUACGGAACUAUAACUACGAACUCAGAUAAGUUGAUCAGAACAUAAAAACACGACAUUAAAUAUGAUUUACUGAGCAUUAAUGUCACAAUUUCGUUUCAACGUAAAAGCAAAUUUGUUUUCAGGUAUGACUGGAUACGCAUUAUUAAAAAGUUUAAAUGUGUAUAUUUGACUGUUAAUUUAUCUUAGCACUGUCAUCAGCAAUAGCUAUCAAAUUUGGAAUGUGCAUAUAUUUCUUUUGUACUGACAUAAUUUAUCCUCUAUUUUGUUUACGUAAACUUAGAAUAGCCAAAUGAGUGGUCAAGUGUAAUGAUAUACGUCU